ACAAAGGAGAACGGGGAGCCCUGGGGGCCCAGGCUAGGCAUCAAAAAGGCUGUGCAGAGCGAGCAGACCACACAGUGCCUGCCUCUGUGCCCUGCAGCCAGCCAGCCAGCCAGCCAGCCAGCCAGCCCUCACCCACUGCCUCCUGUGCCUCCCACUUGCCCUCGGCCGGGCAAGCACACACCAGCUGCUGCCAGAAGCCCUGUUCUCCAGCGUGAUUGCUCCCACACUGCUCUGUGGCUUUCUCUACCUGGCGUGGGUCGCGGCUGACGUUCUAGAAGCAAGCAGAGGGAUGGCCGCCAGUGGAGCCAGAAACCAGGUGGGGCGCCAGGGACGCACCUUUGUCCCAGAGCCUUUCGACGGAGCCAAUGUGGCCCCCAGCCUCUGGCUGCACCGCUUGGAGGUCAUCAGCAACCUCAACGGCUGGGACCAGGCCACCAAGCUCAGGUCCCUGAAGGAAUCCCUCAGGGGAGCUGCCCGGGGAGUCUACAGUGGACUGGACCCUCAGGCUCAAGGAGAUUACGGGGUUGUGAGAGAGACCCUUCUGCAGGCCUUCGGGGGCCCAGGGACCACCCGCAGCUCCCAGCCCAAGGAGAUCCUGUUCGCCAACAGCAUGGGUAAGGGCUACUACCUCAAGGGCAAGAUUGGCAAGGUGCCCGUGAGGUUCCUGGUGGAUUCCGGGGCCCAAGUGUCCGUGGUCCACCCCAGCCUCUGGGAAGAAGUCACUGACGGCGAUCUGGACACUCUGAGGCCCUUUGAGAACGUGGUGAAGGUGGCCAAUGGGGCUGAGAUGAAGAUCCUGGGCGUGUGGGACACGGUGGUGUCCCUGGGCAAGCUGAAGCUAAAGGCUGAGUUCCUGGUGGCCAAUGCCAGCGCUGAAGAAGCCAUCAUUGGCACUGACGUACUGCAGGACCACAACGCCGUCCUGGACUUCGAGCAUCGCACCUGUACCCUGAAGGGCAAGAAGUUCCGCCUGCUUCCUGUCGGGGGCUCUCUGGAGGAUGAGUUCGACCUGGAGCUCAUCGAGGAGGAGCCCUCGGCAGAGCAGGAGCUGUCCUACUGAGAACCCUUGUCCCCAGCCCUGUCUCCACCCCAGCACCACCAGGGAGACCUGCCAUGCUGUGUGGCGGGGUGGGGAGUGGGGCGAGCCCCGUCUUCAGGAGUAUCCCUGCACUUAGCCAGUCCUCUGAGAAUGACUCUCCUCCCUUCCCCUUUUCCCUGUAGGGACCUUCCUCUACUCCUGGGUUGGGGGAGACUUCCAAGGGAUAGGCCAGGGACAGGGGGAGCUGUGGCUUACACAGGGAAAGAAGGUCUCCAUGCUCAGCAAAGAUGCGAAGGCUGGAGAAGCUUCUGGGGGUGGGAGGACUAGGAAUGCUGGGCUUUGAGUGGGAACUGGAGGACCCCUUCGAUUCGUCUGAGGUGCAGCCGGGUAACCUGCCGGCCCAUGGAGCCUGCUCAGCAGGGCUUGGUCUUGGCUGCCAGAUGGUUUGAGCUGGGCCCAGCUGGCAGGUGGCAGGUGCUGAGGGAUGCCUUCCUGGUGACUCUUCCCAUCCGUGCAAUGGUACGUUCCAACCUUCCGUCAUUUGCUUUGAACCCCACUGAGCCCUGUGCCGAUAAUCUGAUUACCUCAAAACUCAAUAAAG